UCAUUUCGCAGCCUGGGCACCGGGGCCACCACGGGAGCCGGGAAAGCGGGCAUCCCGACUCGGGGAGGAGGAGGAGCAGCAUGGAGGCGGGAACCAAGAUGACGGCUCCCCUGAUGCUGGCGGUUGGAGUGGCGGUGCUCGGCUCUUUGCAGUUUGGCUAUAACACCGGGGUGAUCAACGCUCCGCAGAAGGUGAUCGAGGAAUUUUACAACCACACCUGGGAGAGUCGCUACCGGGAGCCCAUCCCAACCAGUACACUCACCACCCUCUGGUCCCUGUCGGUCGCCAUCUUCUCCGUCGGGGGCAUGAUGGGCUCCUUCUCCGUGGGACUCUUCGUCAACCGCUUCGGCCGGCGGAACUCCAUGCUGAUGGUGAACUCCUUGGCCUUCAUCUCCGCCGUCCUCCUGGGCUUCUCCAAGAUGGCCUACUCCUUCGAGAUGCUGAUCCUCGGCCGCUUCGUCAUCGGCCUCUACUGCGGCCUGACCACGGGCUUCGUGCCCAUGUACGUGGGCGAGGUGGCCCCGACCGCUCUGCGGGGCGCCCUGGGCACCUUGCACCAGCUGGGCAUCGUCAUCGGCAUCCUCAUCGCCCAGGUGUUCGGUCUGGACUCCAUCAUGGGGAACGAGGCUCUGUGGCCCCUGCUCCUGGGCUUUACCUUCGCCCCCGCCCUGCUGCAGUGCGUCCUGCUGCCCUUCUGUCCCGAGAGCCCCCGCUUCCUCCUCAUCAAUCGCAACGAGGAGAAUAAAGCCAAGAACGUGCUGAAGAAGCUGAGGGGGACCACGGACGUCAGCAGCGACCUGCAGGAGAUGAAGGAGGAGAGCCGGCAGAUGAUGAGGGAGAAGAAAGUGACCAUUCUGGAGCUGUUCCGCUCCCCCAUGUACCGACAGCCCAUCCUCAUCGCCGUGGUGCUGCAGCUGUCCCAGCAGCUCUCGGGGAUCAAUGCCGUCUUCUACUACUCUACCAGCAUCUUUGAGAAGUCGGGGGUGGAGCAACCCAUCUAUGCCACCAUCGGGUCCGGGGUGGUGAACACAGCCUUCACAGUCGUGUCUCUCUUCGUGGUGGAGCGGGCCGGGCGCCGGACCCUGCAUCUCAUCGGCCUGGCCGGCAUGGCAGGCUGCACCGUGCUGAUGACCGUCGCUCUCACGCUUCUGGACCAACUGCCCUGGAUGUCUUACAUCAGCAUCAUCGCCAUCUUUGGCUUCGUGGCCUUCUUUGAGAUCGGCCCGGGCCCCAUCCCGUGGUUCAUCGUGGCCGAGCUGUUCAGCCAGGGGCCGCGGCCGGCCGCCUUCGCCGUGGCCGGCCUGUCCAACUGGUCCUCCAACUUCAUCGUGGGGAUGUGCUUUCAGUACAUCGAGCAACUCUGUGGCCCCUACGUCUUCAUCAUCUUCACCGUGCUGCUCAUCCUCUUCUUCAUCUUCACCUACUUCAAGGUCCCCGAGACGCGAGGCCGGACCUUCGACGAGAUCGCCUCGGGCUUCCGCCAAGGGGCGGGUGGCCCCGGCGACAAGACCCCCGACGAGUUCCACAGCCUGGGGGCCGACUCCCAGGUGUAGGCCGGGCCGGGCCGGGCCGGGCCGGGCUCGAGGAAGGAGUCGGGCGGAAGGAGCCGCCCGGGGCCGGGCCUGGGCUCCCGGCGUCCCCACGGGCCGGGGCGCGCGGACCUGCCUUUCGGGGAGCCGGUCCCCGCCUCCACCGACCCUCUCCGGGCCCCGUCAGACUGUCGGAGCAGAACGGAGGGCUCCCUUUCGUUACGGGGGGUCGUCGACGGCGAAACCGCAUUGGAACCUGGAGCCUCCGGCGAACAGAGCCGUUGUUGAAGUUGACAAGCCAGCACCGGAGUUUCCUCUUUAUUUUUUCGUUUUAGUGGACCCGUUGAGGGCUCUGCCCUCUCCCUGGGCGCCACUCACCCGGGCCGGGGGCGCGGUGGUCCGGCGUGGUGGGCCGCAGCAGCACCUCGUUGGGGUGGAGAAGUCGUCUCCGGGCCUCUCUCCGACACUGACCGUUCGGGCCGGCCCCACGACCCAAGGCGCCCCAAUCUGGGCUCACGUUACCCCCGUGCAGAGGGUGGGAUGGAGGCCGACAUCCCCCCCAUCACCUUCUGGGGGGUCUACAACCCUCCUCCCCACGCUAUUCCCUCUCCUCGCCCGUCACACCCUACUAGGGGAGUCUGUGGUCAUCAUUAGCCUAGUGGAUCCCCCCCC